UGCGCUGUGAUUACGUCAGCACUGUGGCGCGCGUUAUAUAGACCCAAGCUGCGCGCCCGUUAUGCUUUAAACAUCCCUGGAAGGAGACGAAACAGUCCACCAGUAUGAAACUGUACCUUGCCGUCGCUGCACUACUGUUAGUGCUGCUUGCACACACGGAGGCCCAGGAGGAGCCGACAGUGGAGGAGCCGACGGUGAAGGAGCACUUUGCAAACAUACAUACAAAACUCAAGGAGUUUGGAGAAGAUCUGAGUGAGAAGGCCAUUUCUGCUCUGAAGAAAUUAGAGGAGAGCGAGUUGGCCUCCAAGACCAGGUCAUGGAUUACUGAAAAUAUAGAAAAGUUAAAGCAGAAGAUUGAUGAAACCUUCACGACCAAGUAAACGUGGGACCUGUGAUCCCCGUGGUCCCCCGCCUGAGCGCCCCCUUCAGCUGCUGAUGUUAUGACACGCCUACGCCCCUCUGUGUCUGACCAACACAACAUGUACAGCCUCUGCACACUGUGUUCCUCUGCUCCCUAGUUGCCUUGAUCUGUGCAAUACUUUAUUUGAUCAAACUGAUGCUCUCAGAUUCUUGAAAUGUUCAAAUAAGUGCUGGAAAUUGCUAAAGCAAUAAAAAUAAAAGCCAAUUGUUUUUUGA